GCCCGGUUCCUCCCCGUACCUUCCCCGGCAGUGGCCGCCAUGGAGGACGCGCUGAAGGAAGCGCUGGGCACAGCGGUGCUGCGGCCGACCGGACACUUAGGGAGCGGCUGCAUCAGCCAGGGUCGGAGCUACGACACGGACCACGGCCGGGUGUUCGUGAAGAGCAACUUUAUGCCGGAGGCCAGAAGAAUGUUUGAGGGAGAAAUGGCAAGUCUGGAAGCCAUCCUGAAAACACAGAUAAUAAAAGUGCCUAAACCCAUUAAAGUCGUUGACCUGCCUGGGAGCAUUACUGCGUUUGUGAUGGAGCAUUUGGAAAUGAGGACCUUGAACAGACAUUCAGCACUGUUUGGAACUCAGCUGGCUGAUCUUCACCUUCAUAACCAGAAAUUUGGAGAGAGGCUGAAGAAAGAAGGGAGCACAGUUGGUAAAGGUGAAGGGCAAUCAGAAUUCCAGUUUGUGGAUCAGUUUGGCUUUCAUACAGUUACCUGCUGUGGUUAUCUUCCACAGGUGAACGACUGGCAGAGUGACUGGGUGACCUUCUUUGCUAGACAGAGGAUCCAGCCCCAAAUGGACAUGAUUGAAAAGAAUUCAGGCGACAAAGAAGCAAGAGAACUUUGGGCACAGCUUCAGCUGAAGAUACCCAGUUUUUUCAGUGGUAUAGAAAUCGUUCCUGCUCUCCUGCAUGGGGAUCUCUGGGGAGAAAAUGUAUCUGAGAAUGAUUCUGGUCCAAUUAUCUUCGAUCCAGCUUGUUUCUACGGCCAUUCAGAGUAUGAGCUUGCAAUAGCUGGGAUGUUUGGUGGCUUCAGCAGUUCUUUUUAUUCUGCUUAUCACAGUAAAAUCCCCAAAGCUGCAGGGUUUGAGAAGCGCCUGAAGCUAUAUCAGCUGUUCCACUACUUGAACCACUGGAACCAUUUUGGUUCAGGGUACAGAGGGUCUUCUUUAAACAUUAUGAGAAACCUUGUAAAGUAACUUGCUGCUUAAGCCAAAUACUUCCUGCAUUGUUUGGAGAGCCCUGUUUCUUGGUGGUGCAGCUGCAGGAGUAGUAAUGUUAAAAACAACCUAUGAGACCCUUGACCUUGUUAAAGACCUAGAACUGGUGUCUCCUGCUGAAUACCAAGUGUAAAAUAAUCAUCCCUUUUUAGGAUAGUUGGGGAUAACUCCAUGAGGGAAAAAACUAAGGAAGGAGUGAAUUUGCACAGUGAAUAAAGGUCUCAGUGUCCAGAAAGCAUGUGAGACUGUGCAGGGUAAUACAAUUUUAGAUGCCUAAAAGAAGUUGCUCACUGCAUUUUGCUGUGUCUUCCUCCCUCUUUUCAGCUCUUCAUGUCCAGUUGUGUUCAUGAGAGCAACGUUAACAACAGAGCUUGAAAGUACAGGAGAUUUAUGUAACACGAACUGUGAGAAGGGAUUUGGACUUGCUAUUAAUUUUCACAGAUUGAGAGUGGGUGAGGAUGGGGGGGAUCACAGAUUGUCAUCUAGUCCAACUUCCUGCCUAAGCAGAUUAGUUAGGAUUGGGUCCAGAGGCUUUUCAAGACCUCCAGGAUUUUGCUGAUUGAUUCCAUUGGAUGCAGACUGUGAGUGCCUCCUGGAGUGGUUGUAGGCUGUUCUGUGCUUUCUGGUCAGUGGGCUUUUAUCCACAGCACUUCUGCUUCCAUCAGAACUAGUUCUCUUCCUUUUUUGGAUUACGCUUUUGUCCAGUAGUGGGCAUUCUUAGAGAACUUUCCAUGUAAGACACUUUUCACGUACACAACUUGUGGAGAUGUAUUCUCUAGUGAAAUAAAACCUGCACAUGCUUCACAUGUAUGACUAAAGUCAGUCAAAAUCCACCUAAUAACGAAACUGUCAGCUGGCACUUUGUGUUUUCCAUAUCCACAAAGAAAACUAUAAAAAUAAAACUUAAAAGGGGAUGGAGGUCAGAGGAGUCUCCUGGGAUGGCUCACAAGCUGUAACCUCUGCUUCUCCACAGGAAUGCCUAUCAGCUAAUUUUAUUCCAAGGGGAUACUACUUUUUGUGCUUUUUUAUACCAGUGUGUUUAUCCACAAGAGUUUAUCAACCUUAUUCUGGCACAAGGAUCAGUAAACCACAGCAUUUGUGUCACUGGGACCAUGAAUGUGCCCAGUUUCAAGGCUGCACUGUUUGUACACCUGUGCUCGUGAGAGUUCCAAUGCAGACUUGGAGUACUGCAUUGCUCACUCUAAAAUAUUCUGUGUAAAAGUCGCCAGGAAGGGGAAGGUGUAGACACCUCUGGGCUCAGUACUUGUCCAGAUAACCUGGAAAGCAAGGGAAUCUUCCUUUCCUAAACUCUGACCUGACAGUCCCCACUAAGUGAAGGCCGUGGCUGUUGUGGUAAGAGAAAUGAAACCGAAGGAAGGUAACAUGUAACUCUCAGAGCAGCACUUGCCCCUGUCAGAAGUCCUUGUCGACAGUUCCACAGACUGUGGCUUUAAUACUGAGUUUGUGCUCUUUUGAUGUAGGCUGGUAGUGGUGCUUCUGUGCAAGCCUGCCAGGUAGGUGAGAGAAAUGCAUGAUUCUAACAUGCACUUUGAGUGCUGGGGAUGGCUUAUGUUAACUAAAACUGCUUUGCACUGGGUAUUGGCAGAUUACUGAGGGUUUUCUAGUUGCUAAUUUGGCAGUUACACAGAUUGGAAACACAUUUGGAGAAGACUGUUAUUUGUUACUACUUUCCUUAAUUCUACUGCUUUUCUCACUGGCUGUUUGACUUUUGCUGCAAAAAAUCUGCUUGGUAGAAUAGGUUUUACUUUUACCUUGUUGCCUGAAUAAAAGGUUUCCCGGUUGA